CGUAUCUCAUUUCCCGAAUCCCAUAUUCCGAUCCUAGGGUUCUCAUUUGGAGUUUCUGAAGUUUCACCUUCUUUUUCAUGGCGGAUAUUUCAAAUUCAAAUUCAAAUUUAAAUUCAACCUCCAACUCAAAUGCAACCCAGGGAGGACCAAGCAUUUCAGAUAGCAAGAACAAGCGCGAAGGUGAUUUCGAUGACUCCGAUGAGACUGCCAAGAAGAUGAAAUCUGACGCCUCGCUUAUUAAUGAACCGAAAAUUGAAGGUAACAGAGAGUCUGUUUGCAGUAAAAAUGGUUGCACUGAUGCAAAUGGAAGCAAACAGAGUUUCGAGAUUGAAGCCAAUGCGGCGGAGGAUAAAGGUUCUAGACACACGAUGGAGGAUGCUUGGGUUGUUCUUCCUGAUGCCAGCAAUGAUUCUCCGGGAAAAUUGAGAUGUGCUCAUUUUGCAAUUUAUGAUGGCCAUGGAGGUCGGUUAGCAGCUGACUAUGUCCAGAAGCACUUACACGGGAAUGUUCUUUUAGCUGGCUUACCACGUGAGUUGCUGGAUGUUAAAACGGCCAAAAGAGCAAUACUUGAAGGGUUUAGAAAUACAGAUGAGUCUCUUCUCCGGGAAAGUACUGCAGGGGGUUGGCAAGAUGGUGCUACAGCUGUCUGUGUUUGGGUAUUAGGACAAACAGUUUUUGUUGCUAAUAUUGGAGAUGCAAAGGCAGUCUUAGCAAGGUCAUCACAGUCUGAUGGUUCAGAUGGUUCAACUUCAUUAAAGGCCAUUGUUUUGACAAGGGAACAUAAAGCCAUUUAUCCUCAAGAACGUGCUCGCAUCCAGAAAGCUGGUGGAUCUGUGAGUUCAAAUGGGCGCUUACAAGGCCGACUUGAAGUUUCAAGGGCAUUUGGGGAUCGGCAGUUUAAAAAGGUCGGUGUUGUUGCAACCCCAGAUAUCCAUUCAUUUGACCUUUCUGAAAGAGAUCAUUUCAUUAUUCUUGGCUGUGAUGGCUUGUGGGGGGUUUUUGGACCAAGUGAUGCUGUUCAAUUUGUUCAGAAACUACUAAAGGAAGGCUUACCUGUUUCACAAGUGAGCCGCCGCCUUGUGCGCGAGGCAGUGCGUGAACGCCAUUGCAAAGAUAACUGUACUGCAGUUUUGAUUGUUUUCAAGAACGGGUAGAAACUGUCGAGCUUUUAUGUCAGAACAACCUUCAGGCAUUAAGACUCGAUUCUCCACUUGCACCCAUGAUGUGGCUUGGUUGUUUCUCUUAUCAGUGAAAUGCAAUGCACUUUCCUCGUUGCCCCUAUACAUGUAGUAUUAAGACCAUCUUGUGUGAUCAAGUUUCAAUGGCAAAUAGUUUUGUUUACUUGUAUGCUGAAAAGAUGUUUGUUUCCCAACUAGGAUACCAUGUCACAAUACAUGUUUCUAAGGUCCUAUUGUUAUGUGCUUAUGGUUUUGGCUGA